AUGAACUCAGGCAACCCAAAACCAAGAAACGAUUAUUUCACGACUUCACGCAACCCCAGACGAGACUACGACUACAACUACGACUACGAUUACGGCGCAUCGAAUAAUGGGUCAAUGAAUUCGCCUGCGGGAUAUGGCCGGGGGCGCGAGGGGCGCGGAGGAGGGUAUGGAGGAGGGACCUAUCUUGAAUCGCCCUCGCCCGGCGACUCGAUGGAACAGCUGUCUCCCCAGAUAUCCGUGCGGUCUCGGGGUCGCGAUAUAGACGAUGGUCCCUCAUGGGGGGGUCGUAAAGAUGAAGGCCGAUUUCGAGGAAGCGAAAGACAGAGACGGGAAGAGAAUGCGAGGCAGAGGAGUGCCAGUCGCAGCGGACGAAGCGGAGGUAGCGGCCGAGAAAUCAAAGGAGGGGAGGAGAUCGAUGGUGUUGUUCAAGCUAUCGAAGACGAAUGGGACUUUAUGGCGGACAGCGAGUGCAUACCCGUUCAAGUUGGCCUACAAUUGAUGGACACAAGCACUCUUGGACGCGCAGAUAGAGAGCCGGAGUUUUUACAAAUACAUCAGCGGAUCCAGCAUGCGUUGCGGUCUGUGGUCAAUGAGCAUCACCACGGGUUCAACAAUCUCCUCGGGACGUACCAUAACAUCCAGGGUAGUCUACAAAGCUCACAGCACCAAAUCAGAACUCUCAAGGCCGCCCUUUUGGAAGCUAAAGCCAGUUUGCUUACUAUGAAGCCGGAGUUGAAGGAACAGGCAAUGGCAUCGCAGUCCUACGAUGAAAUCCUACAGCUUUUCGAGCUGAUUGAACAUGCUCAAUCCCUCCCAGAGAAGCUAGAAGCCCGGAUGUCGGAUAAGAAAUUUAUUGCAGCAGUUGAUAUCCUCAAAGAAGGGACUGCGCUCCUUCAACGUCCCGAGCUUGCGGGUAUAGGUUCCCUAGGAGACCUUCGGACCUACUUCAGCAACCAAGAAACUUCUUUGACUGAUAUCCUUGUCGAGGAACUGCAUGACCACUUGUAUCUGAAGUCCCCAUACUGCUGUGACCGGUGGAAGCCCUCGUCCGACAGAGAUGGUGCUUCAGCUAGUGCCAGUGGAACUUCUUGGGAGAAGCCCUUUUAUCAAUAUCUGUCAUCUUUGGAUGCAACUACACACUUUGUGGAAGAUAUAUCUCGCAACCCAGAGACAGAUACGUUUUAUUACAUCCAUCUUUUAUUGGAAGCUCUUCAUAAAAUGGGGAACCUGGACGUUGUUGUUGAUAGGAUAGAGCAACGUCUUCCUGUCGAGCUGUACAGUGUUGUCGAUAAAACGGGCGCUGAGGUAAAUAACAGCCAUCCUAAUUUUCAAAAGGAUACUCGAAAGGCUGGGCCAGGAGCAGUCCCCGAUUCCGCGUCAGAGCGAAGGCAUCUGUUGUCAGAAUUUCUGUGGAAUUUAUAUGCCAAGUUUGAGACAAUUGCGGAAGGUCAUCGCCUCCUUUAUGAAGUUAUCAGUGGCAUUGUCAAACGAGACAAGCUUGCGAAUGAGGUUCACUUGACCAGCAGCUUCCAAGAGCUAUGGAAACUGUAUCAAAGCGAGGUAUGUACGCCAUACAUCAAAUCGGCAGUGAUAAUACUAAUGUCUACACAGAUGCGAUCUCUACUUCAUGACUAUCUUUCCACAGACGGAGCUGAGUCUUUUAGAGCCACUACCAGAGCAACGGAUAACGGCUACGCCCAUUCUUCUGUCAAGCGCGAUAAAACAAAGAAACUCUUCAAAAUGUCCGAGGUCGACCAGGCCGCUUCUGAUUUGAAAGCAGAGCAAGAUGAGCUGGCCGAGAUCCUGAGAGCCUCGGUUCCUGGACUUGUGCCUAAAUCACGCCAGAUGUUUUCGACCAGCGAUAACAAUAGCUCUAACCAACAAAAUUCAGGGACCGGCCAUAAGCUACUCAUUGAACCAAGUGUCUUUAAUAUCAGCUUGCUCCUACCUCCUGCCCUUUCGUUUAUCCACCGGCUCAAGGAGAUAGUACCCCCCAGCUCUGACAUCGCGGUUGGCGCACUUACAUCUUUCCUCGAUGAGUUCUUGAUAAAUGUUUUCCAACCUCAGCUUGAUGAAGCUGUCAGCGAGCUCUGUGCCAUCAACUUCAUUUCUGUGGAUGCUUACACUGAGGAUCCUCAAUGGGCCUUGCACUCUCCUCGGCCAAUUUUCAGAGGAACCAUAAACUUCAUGAAUUUAAUAAAAACGUUUAGCCGGAUGUUGGAUAGUAUACCCCACGAUCAAGCUUUCACGCAAUUGAUAAUUGAUCAAAUCAUUACUUACUACGAAAAGUGCUGCGGCUGGUAUAAGGGUAAGUGUGUCAACUCUCCCAUUGUAUCUGCGAUAGGUUCUAAUGAAGCCCGUACAGCCCUUAUGACUCGGAUAUCACCUAACCAUCCUGGUGGUGUAGCCCUAAAGACUUCAGCGGCAUUUGCAGAGUCCCAGGAUAUCCGCGAAGUUGGACGAAAGCUAUGGGAAUGCUCUGCUAGUGAGAAACAGUCAUUAAUCAACAGGGAAAUAGAGCUUCUUCUCUCUGCAACCAAUGAAACCUCACUGAAAGGUUAUGACAUGGUAGCUGACCCAAAGAUAGUUGGAUCAUUGUCACUGCUCUAUAAUAGCAUGGUAAACUCUUCCCUUGGCUUUGCAGGCUGUGAUAUCAUCUGA